CCGGUCCGGCCCAGCCAUGGGCUCGGGCGCAGUGCGGGCGCGCUACCUCGUGUACUUCCAGUACUUGGGCACCGACUUUAACGGGGUCGCGGCCGUCAGGGGCGCCCAGCGCGCGGUCGGGGUCCAGAACUACCUGGAGGAGGCCGCCGCGAAGCUGAAGUCGGUCGUGCCGGUCAAGUUCGUCAUCUCCAGCCGCACGGACGCGGGGGUCCACGCCCUGAGCAAUGCGGCGCACCUGGACGUCCAGCGCCACUCAGGCCAGCCGCCCUUCCCCCCCGAGGUCCUGACAGAGGCCCUGAACAGCCACCUGAGGCACCCCGACAUCCGGGUCCUGCAGGCCUUCCGUGUGCCCAGUGACUUCCAUGCCCGAUACUCUGCCACGUCCAGGACCUACCUGUACCGCCUGGCUACGGGCUGCACCCGGCCUGACCAGCUGUCUGUGUUUGAACGAGACCGAUGCUGGGCACUGCGGGCAGACCGUUUGGAAGUGGCUGCCAUGCAGGAGGCUGCCCAACACCUUCUAGGGACACAUGAUUUCAGCGCUUUCCAGUCGGCCGGCAGCCCGUCCACCAGCUCCGUGCGCACGCUGCGCCGAGCCUCAGUAUCUUCUGCUGCAGCCGGCCCCUGGGUCCUCCCUCAGGAGUGCAGAAGGUUGCGGUUCUGGAGCCUGGAGUUUGAGAGCCAGUCCUUCCUGUACAGACAGGUUCGGAGGAUGACAGCGAUCCUGGUGGCCGUGGGGCUGGGGGCUUUGACGCCUACUCAGGUGAAGAUGAUUCUUGAGAGCCGGGACCCUCUGGGCAGGCACCAGACACGUGUAGCCCCAGCCCAUGGCUUAUUCCUGAAGUCGGUGCUGUAUGGGGGCCUUGGGGACUUUGGUAAGAGGUGGCCUGGGAAGGUCCCUACUUGUCCCCCACUGACUGACCCCCACUCCAGGCUGGGUCCCUGCUGGAGGAGGAGCCCUUGGUGGCAGUGUGGUCACAGCCCUCACUUGUCAUUCUAGCAGCUGGGAGUCCAGCCUGUGCCCAGCAGGAAAGGCAGGACCAGGGACUAGGGGAGCCCCCAGGUCAGCCAGAAGACUUCAGAGACUAGUGGCCCAAAAGCAGGCAGCCUAGAGUAAGGUGUCUGUGUCCCUCAGGCCCAGAGCCGCCUCAACCCACACACCACAAGUUCCCAUUGGGGGAGGGAGGCUGAGGGGGGGCUCCCAGCCUUUGCAGAGAACCCCCUACCCCCACCUGACCUCAGAUCUGUCUA